UUUAUCGCUGCCUCGCCAGUUCUGUGCCAAGGGGACACCAGGCAAUAAACUUAGCAGGGAGGUCUUCUGCCACUGCCCGCUUAUGAGAUGGCUCAGCAGCCAGAGCGGCAUUGGGUGAACAAUGCCUUUGCCUCCCCAGUUCCCUGUCCCCCCGGAGCAAGACCACGUGGCCAUGCUGCAGAGCGUGAGGCGCAGUGCUUAUGCCAUCCCGUCUGCACUCGGCCAGGGCCUCCGUCUCCUGCUCAGUGAGCUCCUGUGCCAGGAUCCUCGGUGCCGGCCGUGCCACCUUCACCAUUUCCGCGCCCACCUCUUCUUCCGCGGCAUGAGCUUCGAUGCCGACGUCCUCAGGACGCAGCCGGCAGGUUUUGCGCUGGGCCGGCAGCCACUCAAGGGCGUGCCCAUGGGCUCCGCUGCCUUCGUAGAAUUUGACUGCGACCUGGGCCCCCCCUGA